AUGAACGAAUCGGUGACCGUGUGCAGCAGACAACAGGGACCGUCGUAUCAUCACCACCACGGCCAUCACGUAGUAGUCAUGCCGGCGCAGUGCAACGGUGACGAGUGCGCGGCAGAACCCCAACCGGCCACCGUGGCCGGUUCGUGGACGGGAUACGGCCAUCAGCCCGCGGCGGUCGCCGCCGGUUACCAUCAACAUCACCACCACCAUCAUCUGCAACAGCAGCAGCAGCAGCAACAUCAACAGCAGCAGCAACAGGACCAUCACCUCCAUCAUCCGCAUCAGGGAAUGCCCACGGUGCCGCCGCCGCCGCCGCAGUCUUUGAUGCACCAACACCAUCACCAUCAGCCGGUGGACGGUGGCGGUUACGCCGCGUGGCCGACGGCGGUCGUGUACAACAAGAGGCGGCCCUCGUACGCGGACGACGUGCAAGCGUACCACCAAGCGCACCACCACGCGCCGCCGCCACCACCGCCGCCCCCACACCAUCAACCAUCCGGCGCUGCGGCUACCUUGCAGGCCGUUGCGGCCUACAACCCGACGGCCGUGACGGCCUCGACGGCCACGUGCUCGUCGCCCGGCACGUCGUUGGACGAACCGUCGUCCGCGGCCGCUGCGGCGGCUGCUGCUUACCAGACGGCCAACGAUUACAAGUACUGGCCACCCGUACAGCAGCAACCGUCGCCAACCGGCACAGGGCGCGUGAGUCCGUACGGUUGGAUGAAGAGAGUCGAGUACCAAGACCGUCCACAACCUGGUAGAACACGCACCAAAGAUAAGUACAGGGUCGUAUACACCGACUUGCAGCGCCUGGAACUCGAGAAGGAAUUUCACUUUAACCGAUACAUCACGAUCACAAGGAAAACCGAGCUGUCCAAAAUGCUGAGCCUGUCCGAAAGACAAGUGAAAAUAUGGUUUCAAAACAGGCGAGCCAAACAGCGGAAAAUCGACAAAAAACGAGAAGAGACGAUCAUCAACGAGAACUCAAAACAACUGAUCCAGACACCUGUCGAUACAAAUUAUUCGAUCGAGAGCUGUUCGUCCCUGUGA